AUGGAACUGGAUCGAUUGAUAAGGAAACGCCGAGCGAUCCGUGGAGCCACAACGAGGCUACUGCAAACUAUGGACACGGAGCUAAAUCGGGACCCCGCUGAUGUUGGACGCUUACGUGAGUUACUGGCGAACCUGUCCACUAAAGAGGAAACAUUACGGGAGUUAGACCAAGGAAUUGAGGACGCGAUAGCGACGGACGAUUUGGAAGCAGAAAUCGCGAGCACCGAGGAUUAUAAGGAAAGAGUCAUCACGCUGAGGACACGUGCACAGCGAGCGGCGCAAGCUGUGAAGAAGGCGUCAGAUGUGGUUGCAUUAAGACAGCUCUAUGAUGAAUGUGAGAUCCAAAUACGAAGCCUGGAGUCACUGGGAGUUGUGUCAGAGACUUAUGGCAGUUUGCUUUGCCCCAUCCUGCUGCAGUUGAUACCAGAGGAGAUCACACUUCAGUACAGCAGGCAACGAGCAGCUAAACGCAACACUGUGAAGCUGGUUCUGGAAAAUAUGCAGGACAGUGGACAGAAAAUAGAAAUUGAAGCGAUAGAAACUCCACAAAUCUGUACUGCAGUUAUGAAGGUUCCAGUGGAACUGCCAUGGCGGCACGAGAACCCAGAACUUCCAGACAACUACCAAAUUGCCAAGAAAAGAUUUGAAGGGCUGAAACGCAAGUUGCGGGCAGAUGUAAUCUUCUACAAGAGAUACAGCGAGGUGAUAGAGGAUUACCUGCAACAGGGCAUAGUUGAAGAAGUUACUGAUGAUGAGUGUUUAUCACCCACAGUUAAAUAUUACUUGCCUCAUCAUGCAGUGCUCCGCGAAGACAAGAUGACAACUAAGCUGAGAGUGGUGUUUGAUGCCUCAUCACAUGAAGACGGCUGUCCGUCCCUGAACAAUUGCCUGCUAACAGGUCCAAACCUGAACCCAGACCUGCUUGGCAUAUUGGUCAGAUUCAGACUGCAUAAAAUUGCAUUCAUGGCGGACAUCAAGAAGGCAUUCUUGCAAAUUUCUCUUGCUCAGAAAGACAGAGACGCAGUGAGAUUUCUGUGGCUCACUGCUUCACCAAGAGAAGAGGCUGACGAAAGGCUGCGCGUGUUGAGAAUGACCAGAGUGGUGUUUGGGGUGUCCUCAAGCCCAAUCCUGUUGGCAGCUGUGGUGAGAAGGCACCUUCAGCAAUACAAAGAACACCCUCACCCUGUACAGCUAAUCACAGAGUCACUGUAUGUGGAUGACUUUGUGGCCAGCGUCCGUGACAUAGAAGAGGCUUUGUCUGUGACAACUGAAGCCAAGAAAAUCAUGGCUGCUGCUGGAAUGGACCUGUGCAAGUGGAUGACAAACUCUCCAGCACUUAAGGAGAGGUGGAGGAAGACAGUCAUAGGGCCCAUUGAAGAGCCAGAUGCCCACGGAACAGUGCUGAAGGUAUUGGGCUUAGUGUGGAGAACACAGACAGAUGACUUUGUCUUUGACCUAAGACCUCUGUUGGAGAAGCUGACAAUAAGCGGCACAAAGAGAAAUGUUUUGCAACACGCUGCUAGUAUCUUUGACCCUCUGGGUUUCCUAACACCAUUUACCAUUAGGGUUAAAUGCCUGCUACAAGAAAUGUGGGAGAGAGGGCUGAGCUGGGACGAGAAGCUGCCACCUGAUCUGAAUGGACAAUGGCGCAACUGGCGCUCUGAACUCCCCCUGAUACACCAGAUCGCUAUACCACGCUGGUAUGGAGAAAGGAAUGAGCAGAGUGACAAAACAUUAACACUUCAUGUGUUUUGUGAUGCCAGUGAAAGAGCAUACAGUGCUGUGGCCUACCUACAGUGGGAGGGAGAGGACAGAAAGAUGGCUAGUCUGGUUGCAUCAAAAUCCAGAGUAGCACCACUAAAGAAACUGUCCUUGCCACAUCUCGAGCUAAUGGGAGCACUGAUAGGAGCAAGGCUCGGAAGAAACUUGAUAAAUCUGCUGAAGAUGGAACUCUGUCAGCUUCACCUGUGGACAGACUCCAUGAUUGUGCUACACUGGAUUCGCAGCUCAGCACACAAGUGGAAACAGUUUGUUGCCAACAGGGUGGUAGAAAUCCAGUCCCUCACUGAUCCAGCUGCGUGGUCUCAUUGUAAAGGUAAAGAAAAUCCAGCCGAUUUACCCACACGUGGCCUGUCAGUGACGAGCCUGAGUCAGAGUCAGCUAUGGUGGAGGGGCCCUGCCUUUCUGACCUCCUCUGAAUCUGAGGCAGACUGCGCCGAUCAAUCAGUAAACGAUAACUCCGCUGAGGAAGAAUUGGAAGUGAAGAAAGUCUAUGGAUACCAACUCAAAAGGGUAAGUGGUAGUGAUAGAGUGUCCCAUUUCUUUAUGAAGUUCCCUAAAUACCAUAUCAUGGCGUUCUUUAGGAAGGAGGAGCUGGUCUUUGCCGUUCACUCGCCUAUAGAGGACCCCAUCAUCGUUCACACAGAGUCUUACCAGCUGGGGAUGACAUAUUGUCCUGCACUAAAUGAAUGCCAUUCUGACUGA